AUGCUGUCCGUGCGUUUCGCCGCCACUGUGGCCCGCACCAUGUCUCAGCGGGCCGGGCUGGUCUCCAAAAAUGUUUUGGAAUCAUCUUUCACUGCUGCAAGGAACCUCCAUGCCACCAGUACUCCUCUUCGGAGGACUGGCACUGCCAAGAUGUCCUCUGUUCUUGAGGAGCGCAUUCUUGGAGCUGAUACCUCUGUUGACUUUGAAGAGACUGGGCGCGUCUUAAGUAUUGGUGACGGUAUUGCCCGAGUACAUGGGCUGAGGAAUGUUCAAGCAGAAGAAAUGGUAGAGUUUUCUUCAGGCUUAAAGGGUAUAUCCCUAAACUUGGAACCCGACAAUGUUGGUGUUGUCGUGUUUGGAAACGAUAAACCAAUUAAGGAAGGAGAUAUUGUGAAGCGAACAGGAGCCAUUGUGGACGUUCCAGUUGACGAGGAGCUGUUGGGUAGUGUAGUAGAUGCCCUUGGAAAUGCCAUUGAUGGAAAUGGUCCAAUUGAUUCCAAGACCCUUAGGCGAGCUGGACUGAAAGCACCUGGGAUCAUUCCUCGAAUUUCUGUGCAGGAACCAAUGCAGACUGGCACCAAGGCUGUGGAUAGCUUGGUGCCAAGUCGUGGUCGGCGUGAGCUAAUUAUUGGUGACCAACACACUGGCAAAACAUCAAUUUCUAUUGACACAAUCAUUAACCAGAAACAUUUCAAUGAAGGAAGUGAUGAAAAGAAGAAGCUGUACUGUAUCUAUGUCACUAUUGGUCAGAAGAGAUCCACUGUUGCUCAGUUGGUGAAGAGACUUACAGAUGCAGAUGCCAUGAUAACCAUUGUGGUUUCAGCUACUGUUUCUGAUGCUGCCCCACUUCAGUACCUGGCUCCUUAUUCUGGCUGUUCUAUGGGAGAAUAUUUUAGGGAUAAUGGCAAACGUGCUUUGAUCAUCUUUGACAACUUAUACAAACAGGCUCUUGCUUAUUGUCAGAUGUCUCUGCUGCUCCACCGAAGCCCUGGUCGUGAGGCCUAUCUUGGUGAUGUGUUCUACCUACACGCCCAUCUGCUAGAGAGAGCAGCCGAAAUGAACGAUUCUUUUAGUGGUGGCUCAUUGACUGCUUUACCAGUCAUAGAAACACAAGCUGGUGAUGUAUCUGCUUACAUUUCAACAAAUAUCAUUUCAAUCACUGGUGGACAGAUCUUCUUGAAAAUAGAAUUGAUCUACAAAUGUAUCCCCCCUGCCAUUAACGGUGGUUUGGUUGCCUUUAUGGUACAAGAUUCCCUGCCAUUCAUCAAAGCCCAAAGAGAAAUGUGUGCUUAUCAUUCUAGCCCAUCCCGAUAUGAGCCAGCAAGGAGCCGAGGCUGUACCCAUAAAUCAAACACUGAAAGUCAUUUGGUAUUUUAUCAGGAUGUCGGGCCAUCUCUGUGA